AUGCCGCAUUCUCUUCCCUUUCAGGAUGAUGUCCCAGGCCCUGGAUUCUACGAUGUCAUUCACCAGUCUCCAGUGUCCAACAGUGUCUCAUGGUCCAAGAAAGGAACAAGCACUUUUCCUUCUAUGCGCGCCCGACUGGAUAACAACAUCUCUAGAUACCCUGCAGCUAACGCGUACACUAUGCCAUCAGUCUUUAUUUCGAAGAAAGACUUCAGUAAUUCCUGUUCCAGCAUGUUCCAGAUGCCAAGGUUCGCAAAAGCUUUCAAAGGUGGAACUCCUGCACCAAACUAUUACAAUGCCUCUAUCACUUGCUGCAAGCAGAGAAACAACGUCAGUGCCCGAGCUGGAUUUAUGUCAAAAACCCAAAGAAAAUUUUUCACUGUUCCUGAAAAAGCACCUGCCCCAGGGUACUAUAAUGUCAAUGAAUCCCUUGUGAAGCGAUCGCCAAAGGUAUUAAUGUCUUGCUUUAAAUCAAAAACUGAACGUGGAUUAAAAUUGACGUCAACAGGCCCAGGACCCGGUUAUUACAGUCCAAAUGAUGCCACCAAAGUUCAAAAAAAGACUUUCAUCCCGAGAAACCCCAUCCUGAACUUCUCUGCCCAGCCUUCAUCUCUGCCCCCGAAGCCUCCUCUCCCAGGCCCUGGGCAGUAUGAGAUCGUGGACUACACAGGGCCCCCCAAGCACUUCAUCUCCAGUGCGUCGUUUGUGUCCAACACCAGCCGGUGGACAUUGGCGCCAACCCAGCCGGGCCUGCCUGGCCCAGCCACAUACAGGCCGGAAUUCCCAGGAAAGCAGUCCUUCCUCUACAACGAGGACAACAAAUGGAUCCCAGUGUUGUAG